CGCAUACUCGUUAGCGAGGGACAUGAUCAGGAGAGGAACGUCACCCUUGCACUGGCAGUUAACAUACACAUAGUGACCUGCCGCUCUGCUUUUAGGUUCUGCUGGGAAGCAAUCUCUCUGGGGCCUCAAUUUUUGCCAGUUCUUCUUCUCUUACUUGUCCUCAGCUCCCCAACCGUCCUCGAGCGCUUUCCCCAAUCAUGGCGGAGGGACAUCCAGCACACGACCUAGAAUCAUCAGACUCAGACGAUCACUUCUCAGAUGCUCAAUCUAGUGUCGACAAUUCUGGAGGUGUCUCCCCCGUCGUGCCAACGACCCGUGUCGAGAAAGUCGACCAUGAGCCUAGCCAUGGCGAGGUGCCCGGGACAGAUGCCUGCAACAUGCGAAAGAGUGAUGCUGAACCUGACGAGGUCAGCUUUGUAGAGGAGUCGACGAAUUCAGGAGCUGAGUCUCCUGCAAUGCAACCUUCAACGCCUGGAGGACAACCAAUUCCUAUUACUCGAGUUCAGCUGGUUGAGCCGUCCUCUCCUAGUCACGGAGACGUUCCCAAUACAAGAGCUUUCGAGAUGAGAAAGGAAGAUGCGGAGCCUGAUAUUGUGGAGGUAGCAGAGGACACUGCAGGGUCGCCAACUUCAGAUGGUGUUAGGUCCCCGGUCAUAGAUCACUCAAGCCGGAAGUCAUCUGAGGCAGAGAGGAAGAUGGCCAAUGGAACACACAACGAAGGAGAGGACGAAUCUGCAGACGGGGGUUUUGGAGAUGACUUCGAUGAUUUCGAGGAAGGCGAGGAGGAUGCAGAGUUUGGUGAUUUCGACAACGGCUUUCAAGAGGCAGAACCUACCCCGCCACCGCAGCCAACACCUCCGACAUUCUCGAUUCCCGUCCUCGAUUUUGCCGCUCUCAAUUCGACAGAAGACAUUGCAGCCGCCACCGAACCGUACCUGGAUACUCUCUUCCCGCCCGAUACCAUUGACUCCUCCGUGCUCCCCCCGGUACACGCCGAAAACCCCAUCUUCCUUACCCCACGCAGCGCCUCACUCUGGUCGCAACUCGUCGCACCCCCGCCCCUCCAGCCGGCGAACUGGAUCCGGUCUCGCAUCCGCAGGCUCUUCCUUGUCUCCCUGGGCGUGCCUGUCGAUCUCGAUGAGAUCCUCCCCGCUUCGAAGCAGAAAAAGCUCAUCCUUCCGUCCAUGCACCUCAACCCACCUUCUGGCUCGCCACGGACAUCAACUGACUCCCGCUCCGCGUCGCGGCUCAAGCACCCGGAUGGGAACACCUCGUCCACGUCAUUGGAUUCGCAGGGCAAGCCCUCCCGCUCAGAGUCGCGGAGGAGGAAGGGCCCACCGCCUGAGCCACAGCUAGAUCUAGUCUCAGCACGGCAGUUGUGUGCCAUCACGGACGAGGCACUAAACGGGCUUACGAUGGAGGAGUUACAGGAGCACGUCAAGAAGUUGGAAGCCAUGCAGGGGACAGCGAAAGAAGUCCUGGAAUACUGGACGAAACGGACGGAUGAGAAAUUAGGGGAUAGGGAGGCAUUCGAGGGCGUCAUUGAGAAUCUAGUGAAGCAUGCUAGGAAAGUGCGGAAGUAAUUUUCCCUUUGUCUUUUUCCUUCACUGUUUAAAAUUUCCGGACGCCAGACUCGGAAGUCUGCGAAAAAUGGAGGAACAUGCU